UGUGUACCAACAUCCAUGGAAAGUCAGGUAAUCCUGAGGGUGUACCUCAGUAACAACAACCUGACCAUAGCAGAGGUUCCCAUCACUCCGGAGACAACCUGCAGGGAUGUAGUGGACUGUUGUAAGGAACCUGGAGAAGUCAACUGUCACCUGGCUGAGCACUGGAGGGGCAGCGAACGACCAGUGGGUGAUGAUGAGCAUCCGUUUGACAUCCUGCAGCAGUGGGGGAUCCACAGGGAUGAGGUGAAGUUCUACCUCCGACACGAAGGGAACAUGCCCACUGCUAACGGGGGAGAACAAGGAACAUCCAGGCAGCCCAAGAAGAAGAACGGAGUAAAGGAGUCCAGUCCCGAGAGCCAGCUGCCUCCUGGGCUGGACCUGACCUUGGCAGACCUGCAGGAGAUGGCCACCAGGCAGCAGCAGCAGAUCGAGAGUCAGCAGCAAAUGUUGGUCGCAAAGGAACAGAGACUGAAAUUCCUCAAACAGCAAGAUAAGGCCCAGCAAGAAAUGGCGGAAGAAAACGAGAGAUUGCGUAUGCUGCGAGACAAGGUGGAAAGCCAGGAGAUGAAACUGCGCAAACUCAGGUCACUUCGGGGGCAGGCAGAGCAGCAAAGGACCACCAAUUCCAACUUGUCUUCAGAGCUGGAGUCGGUGCGCCAGCUGUUCUCGGAGAAGCAGAAGGAGCUUGCGGCGGCGGUGUCACGUGUGGACGGGCUGACGAAGCAGCUGGAGGACCUGCGGACGGGGAAGGUGAACGGGUACAACGGGGACAUCUCGCACGCGGCAUCCAUGUCGGCGGAACUAGAGAGGCUCAGGAAAGAGCUCAUGAUUCGGAACAGGCUGAAUGACCAGCAAAAUGCCAAACUGCAAGCACAGAGGGAGUCCCUCAACCAGCGAAACAACGAAAUGUCUUUCAUGGACAAGAGAAUAGCCGAGCUGACGGACAGGCUCAGGAAAAAGAAAGCAGCUCAGCAGCAGCGACAGCCAAACAAGGCGAACCAGAACGACAGCGAGUCCCCAACUAAGGGCCAGCCAGGGAAGGCACAGAACAUUGCCGCUGUAGAACCGUACAUUCAGCAACCCAAGCAGUCCAGGGACAACCUGAAGCCCAACGGAAGGGCCUACACAGAGCCAAUCAAGGAAAUGCCAAACGAUGGUGACCUGAAACAGGGUAAUUACCUGCCCAACGGAGGACUGCCAGUCAUGCCGACCCACUUUACUCCCGAGAAAAGCAAUUUCACUCCUUCCAAGGGGCAUUCGGAAGCCUAUGCAGUAAUGGAGGAAACCCUAAAGUCUGUGGAAGGAGAACCAUCUCAACUUAAGUCUCCCUAUGGAAAGGGACAGUCACCAAAGUCUAAGGACUAUGGUGUAGGACUUAGCCUGGCACCCAGACCCUUUGUUCCUGGAGGGACAACGUUGAAAUCAUAUGGUUCAGACUCUUCUAUGAGUAGCCAGGCCAGCGGGAGGGGUCAGCCUGAAGGUGUGAAUGAUAACAGUGCACGCAGCUCACCUGUAGUAGAAGGGAGGGCUGUAAAUGGUCAGGGAAACAACCACAUUGCAACACAGAAUUCUAGGCCAAAUUAUUUGAAUGUGGAAGGCGCGACCAUGGGGCGACUUAGUCCCCAACUUGAGCGCAAACCGAAGGAUGGAGGGUUGUACGUGGCCAAAGAUAGGCCCCACUCGAGUUACGAGCUGCUAGACAUGAUUAGAGAACAGGACUCAGCCGCAAUGAGGAAAAACUACCACAGUUCGAGUGAUUUGCCUGGAGACACACAAAGGGAACAGGGUUCUUCAAAGAAGAUGCCCCCCAAAACGAGGCCCAAACCAUCAAAUGGCCAUAAAAAUAGUAGCCAACCAGAUGGACCUUCCCCUUCGAUUUCAGGCUCUUCAAGCAAAUUAGAUACCUCACCAAAAGCCCUCGACACAGCACUAGCUAUCCUGAAAGGAGGCAACAGGCCGCCAGUCUCGAGUCCUGGAUACACAUCUUACAGGUCAGGGCCGCAUGUAACUAGGGCCGGUUUCACGUCCCCUACAACAAGCGAUGCUUUGUCGUUCCCAUCUCCUGGCCAACAGCAGGGCAGGACAGACAAGUCGAUGGUGCGGGCGGUGACGGUCAGUACGUCGCAGGCAGCCGGGGAGGGCUCUCAAACACUGCGACCCUUAUCUUCCACCUCCUCUCAAGGAGGGAAGGUGGAGUCGCCGACGGCAACUGUACGACCACUCCCUCAGGACGGGCAGGGUGCGAUGGAAGCAUACGCUCCUGUCUCCUCACAAACCGUGCCAUACCCACCAAACCAGGGACAGGCGGCGGGCCCGUACGCACCCGUGUCAACCGUCUUGAGCGGACCUUUCCCGCCUGCAUCGGCGCACGGGGGCCAGCCUGUUCGGGCACCGUCUCCCACCAAACAGGGUCACUACCAACAGGAACCCUCCCCCACACAAACAAGCAGUCAGGGAAGAAUGGGCCAACCCCCUGACUCGAGGGAAAGGCCACCCUCGCCAAGGAAGCAUCCUCCUCAGUACACAGGACCUCAGCAUCCAGCAGAAGGUAGCCAGCAGAGGCCAUCGUCUCCGAGGAAGCACUCCAGUCCUCCUAGCUCCCAAAGCAGCCCUCCCACAUCACCAUCAGGACAGAGUGCCUCCCCGGAGUACAUCAUCCCGGAUGAUUCUGCGCAGGCAAGAAAAAAUAAUGUGGAGGAAUUCCAGGAUGAUUCGUUUGACCCCAGGCGACCGGUCAGCCCAACUAAGCACCUCACGCCCAAGCCAGGCAGUGCCUACGAAAGGCUCUUCCCCAACGCAGACCCUGAGAAGAUCCGGAGGAUAGCCCACGCGCCUCGGCCACUCAGAAAGAGACACUCCUUCAAUGAAGGCGAGGGUUCUCCAGCCCAACAGCAAUACUAUCGAGGGAGCCCUCCAGCUCACUUGGCCGCCCAGGGCCCUCCCCCCGCGUACCCAAGUUCCCCCAAACCCCAGGAACAAGAGAGCCCUGCUAGUCCUCCGUACGGCAGCCCAGCUCCAGAUACACAACAGAAUGUUUCCCCCACCAGAGAAAUGCCGGAGCAGGCGCAGAAUGGUACACAGAACAACGGGCAGACUUCGCCCCAGCAGCCACCACCAUCGCCGCAGCAGCCGCCACAACAACCCCGCAGCCCACCACCCAGCCAGCCUGCCAAACCUAUGCAACCAGAGAAGAAGAGCAACCUGAAGGGCAGGAACGGGGUGAAGCCCAAACGGAACGUCAGGUUCGACCCGCUGGCUCUGCUGCUGGACGCAUCGCUGGAGGGAGAGUUUGACCUGGUGCAGGACAUCAUCAACCAGGUUGAGAAUCCGAGUGGUUCAAAUGACGAGGGGAUCACGGCGCUGCAUAACGCCAUCUGUGCCGGCUACCACGACAUUGUCACCUUCCUGGUGGAGUAUGGGUGCGACGUCAACUCACAGGACAGCGACGGAUGGACCCCUCUCCACUGUGCAGCAUCCUGUAACAACAUGCCCAUGGUGGAGCUGCUGGUGACCGGCGGGGCCUGCAUCUUCGCCACGACCAUCAGUGACGUGGAGACGGCAGCAGAGAAGUGUGAGGAGCUGGAGGACGGGUUCACCGGCUGCUCCGAGUACCUGUAUGGUAUCCAAGAGAAGAUGGGGAUCGUCAACGGCGGGCUAGUCUACGCCCUGUUUGACUAUGACGCAGAGGAGCCGGACGAACUCCAGUUCAGGGAGGGGGAACCCCUCUACGUGCUGCGCAAAGGCGAUGCCGACGAGAUCGAGUGGUGGUGGGCACGCAACCAGGAAGGGAAGGAGGGAUAUGUGGCCAGGAACUUACUUGGGAUGUCCCCAAGAAUUCCGCAAAAACGACCUUGAGGUAGAUUGAAGAAAUCAUGACAGCACAACCAACAGACUUGCCAACUACUGCAGUUUUACUGAACAGCCGUGUGUUUGCUAGCCAGAGUAGAGAGAGCCUUUUGUUUUUCUUUUAAAGAUGUGAGCGGGUUGAAGAGCAUGGAAGAAGGAAAGUGAGCUGUGCUGGUGUAGUUUGGUUUGAAUCAGAUAGAGGGAGCUUCUGAACUGAAGAAAGAAUUGUGAGGGGAGGUUAUGGCACUGAAGGAUUGUUAGAAUGCAGCUUUGUUGUACAGAAUGCAUGUUGACUGUUGUGUAUGAGUGUGGCUGUAACUUGUGCUAAAAAAUUAUGGAUUUUAAAACACCAGCAUUUCAUGCAACCUUGAAUUUUUAAUUAGAAAAUUCUGUAAGAUUUUGUGAUUUCUUGAGAAGAAAGUGCAAUUCAUUUGCAGAAGUGUGAUGCCAUCUCAUUUUCCUUGCAUGAAUUUCCUGGUUGUACCUUUUCCUGUUUGUAUAAGGGAGCAUUUCCCUUUGUACAGUUGUCCAGAAAUGUGUCUUAUGUUACAAACGUGUGUAUAUAAUAUGCGGCUGUGUAGCCAGGGGCGGUAGAGGAAUAACUUUUGUAUCAUCGUAUUUAUCAAUUGUAUUUAACUAGCAGCUUACAUAACACUGGUGUAGAAGGCCCAAGAAACUUGUAGUACACGCCUUUUUUAUUUAUUCUGCUUUGUAGUAGCUGGAGCUAGUAUGGUGAUGACAAGACCUUGCCAGUAGCGAUGACGCUGGCAAAACCCACCGUGUAUGAUACCGAAGUAGCCGAACGUGACAGAAUUCUGGAUCUGAAUGAAUUCUAAUAGGGGACAAGUUGUAUCAUGUGAUCACGACAAGAAAAUGUCGAAUUCUAAAUGUAUGAAUCCAAGGCACCCAUGAGAUCAUGUGACUGUACAAUAAAUGAAGCCUGGAGAAAUCUG